CGGGGCGGGUUAAGCAAGAGUCUAUAGUUUUUCGAGUCAAUCCCAUGAGCCUGGUCCAUGCGCUCAGCUGGUCCGGUGGGGUUUGCUCCGAAGGCCGCGGGGCUCAAAGGUUUGCCCCUCCUGUGGCCAUGAGCGUUCCAGCGAACGAAGCCGAAGCUUCCAAGCCCAGCGAAGAUGAUCGGCAGCUGCCCGCCUCCCCCGAGCAGAAGCCGGUGCUCAAUCUGGGUAGUGAUACCUCAUCCAUUGUGUCCAUGCCGGGAUCACCUGGAACCAUGCGAUCUUCUCGCUGCAGCAUCCUCACCAUCCCCAUGGAUCCAGAGCUUUUGCGAGCCGUGCCCCUGGACCUGGUGCUUGCACGCUUCGGCCGGCACUUGGAGCCACCCGAUCAGGGCAUGAUGAAUGUGGACUCCAAGCUCUACCAUCUGAGCAGGCAAGUGGAUCGAAUCGACCACUUUCUGAGCCACGAUUGGUCGACGGCGCGCAGAUGGAAGGUUUGCGCGCUCCUGGUGCUCUUCAACACCGUGCCUGCUUGCUUGGUGACCACCUUCCUGAGCUUCACAUUUGGAUUUGUUCUGUCCAUUUGGGCUCUGGGAUACAAAGAUCUUGUGGGAGUCGAACGUGUCUGGCGUGUGAGCAUGGGCAUGACUAGCUUCUGGCUUUGCUUAUGCUUAUGGCAGCGGAUCCGGCGUCUUUGGAAGCAGAACGUGGUCUUCCUCGACAAGCUGUGUAUUGCGCAGCAUGACGAGGAGUUGAAGAAGAAGGGCAUCUUCGGACUCUCCACGUUCCUCGAGCAUUCAGAGACUUUGACCAUCCUGUGGUCGCGACGUUAUUUCUCGAGACUUUGGUGCGUGUUUGAGCUUUGCACCUUCUUGCGCCAUGAACAUAACAAACGAGUUGUGAUGAUGCCUGUGAACCUUGCGUCGCUCUUCCUGCUUGUGAUCGUUUUGAAUCAGGUCGUCACCAUGAUGAACGUGCUGUUCGAUACAGUGACGGGGCUCAGCGUGUCCGCUCAAAUUACCAUAAGGAGCCUUCUUGUCAUUCCUGCUUAUGCGGUCAUGAUCGAUGCCGGCAUGGAAUUGAUUCGAGACUUGCGAGACCUCUCAAAGCAGCUCCAAGACUUCAGUGUGGACCGUGCCGAGUGCUUUUGCUGCUCUAACAAGCACAUUCAUCCGACCACUGGUCAAGCUUUGCCUUGCGACCGCGAAUUGGUGGUGGAAACGCUAGGAGGAUGGUUUGGCAGCACCCGCGCUUUCGAAUGGUUGGUGCGCGAACGUUUGACACAAAACGUGGAGAACUCCAUCCGGGCCGUUCUCACCGCACAGUAUCCCUUGUAUGUGGCCGUGGCCUCAACGAGCCCCCUUCUCAUCCUGAAGAUUUGUGAGAUCGCCGAAGAGGACAGCAUCUCCGUGGACUUGGUGGUGACUCACUUCGCUGAUUGGUGCAAGCUUCCUUUAGUGAACCUCCUGAGUAUUUGGCUCAUGAUCUUGGCGUGCCAAUGCGGGGCUUGCAUUUCGCGAACAUGCCGCUGGGCACCUCGGACUAUGGUGGCACUAGUGCUCUCCUGCCUGGCUUUGGUGAUGCUUUCACCCUUCUGGGCCUUCAUGGAGCUCUUGGAUGUCUACUCCAGUGGCAAGGCAGGGCUGCUGGUCUUUCCGGUCAUUUUCCUGCUUUGGUUGCAUGGCAUUUGUCGGUCGAAGCUCAUGCGUGUGCCGCGCGAGAACAAGAUGGAGAACUGGGAAGCCCCUCGGUUCAAGCGCAACUCCGUGAGCCGUCAGAAAGACAUGGGAAACAUGGAAGCUGGACAGGUGGAGUAUGUGACUUCGACGGAGAUUGACAACGUUUCCACCUUCUCAACAUGAUGCAUUCAAGGUGCCACUGAAUGAGACAUUUUUAGGACACUCAACGGUUCCCAUUAUUUUGCAGAACUGGACUCAGCCAUGUACAGUAUCUGGCAACGCUGCGUUGGAACGACGGCAGAACUUUUACACUUCAUUUGAAAGGUGUUGGGUCUCUGGAGAAAGACCUCCUCACUCACGUGG